CUCCCUAUCCCCCAAUCCACAAAUCCAAUUAUUGAACCUUCAAAUUUACUUCAAUCACAAAAAAAAAACUUGUCCACUUUUUGUUUUCCGGGAAAUCAUAUAACCGCUAAAGUGAAAAAAAUAUGACUAUUGCUUUAACGAUCGGAGGAAACGGCUUCUCGGGUUUACCCGGAUCGUCGUUCUCAUCAUCUUCUUCAUCAUUUCGAUUAAAAAACAGCAGAAGAAAGAACACGAAGAUGCUGAGCAGGACAGGAGUCAUUUGUUCUUCAUCUUCUGUAAUGGAUCCGUAUAAGACCCUUAUGAUCCGACCCGACUCAUCCGAAUACGAAGUCAAGAAAGCUUUCAGGCAACUCGCCAAAAAGUACCAUCCUGAUGUUUGUAGAGGUAGCAAUUGUGGCGUACAGUUUCAGACAAUCAACGAAGCUUACGAUAUUGUGUUGAAGCAAAUAAAGAAUCAGAUGGAGGGAACGGAAGAAUUUGAGCCGUUCGAUGUUUCUGACGACGGAUUCAACGGAAUGAAUGAUCCAGAUUGCGACACGUGGGAGGAAUGGAUGGGGUGGGAAGGUGCAGGAAUCCGUGAUUACUCGUCUCACGUUAAUCCUUAUGCUUGAAGCUUUGAAGAUUUCACAAAUUUCGAAAUGAUCCAAUGCACAUAAUAAAUAACAGCAGAGACUAAAUGAACAAUGUAAAUAUGUGAAAUUGUCUCGUGAAAGUUACUUAAAAUGUAAAUCUCAACAUUCACGCUUUAAGCUUUUAGGCUUUCGUGAAUAUGGAAGUAUUAAUAAUUAGAUUUAAAGUUUGUUUGACCUUUUGAAACCCUUUUGAAACCGUCUAAGGGUCUAGUUUCUAUGAUUUCUGUUAAAUCAAAAAUCUAUCCAUUUCUUUUCAACCAUU